CAUGCUCUGGGAUUCAUGCCCUCACAGCGCCUGAGACGCGCGUGCGUGGGGAUAUGUGCCUGAAUCCAGGUGCCACAGCCUGACGGUCCCAGGAUCCUGCGCGGCCGGAAGCCCUGUGCCCACCACCCAGCGGGCUCCAGGGCCACCCCACGCAUGCGUUCUGUGUCGUACUGGAGAGGUAUCGCGAAUCCUCGCUCGUGUAGUGCUAGAGUUGUGGAGGCGACGGCGUUUUCCCGCGCUUUUUCUGGGCCCCUCAGGUUGGAUAUAUUAUUUGUAUUAUUAUUGUUAUUAUUUUCUCUGUAGAGUGCAGAAAGCAGAAAGAACUCAAGUGAACUUUCCGAUUCUUUUCAGCAUCUGGAGACUUGACUCUCUAUUAUGUCUUUGUGUGAAGACAUGCUGCUUUGUAACUAUCGCAAGUGUCGCCUCAAACUCUCUGGUUAUGCAUGGGUCACUGCCUGCUCUCACAUCUUCUGUGAUCAGCAUGGCAGUGGUGAGUUUAGUCGUUCACCAGCUAUCUGCCCUGCCUGCAAUAGUACCCUUUCUGGAAAGCUAGACAUUGUCCGCACAGAACUCAGUCCAUCAGAGGAAUACAAAGCCAUGGUAUUGGCAGGACUUCGACCGGAAAUUGUGUUGGACAUUAGCUCCCGUGCACUGGCCUUCUGGACAUAUCAGGUACAUCAGGAGCGUCUCUAUCAAGAAUAUAAUUUCAGCAAGGCUGAGGGCCAUCUGAAACAGAUGGAGAAGAUAUAUACUCAGCAAAUACAGAGCAAGGAUGUAGAAUUGACCUCUAUGAAGGGGGAGGUCACCUCUAUGAAGAAAGUGCUAGAAGAAUAUAAGAAAAAGUUCAGUGACAUAUCUGAGAAACUUAUGGAGCGAAAUCGUCAGUAUCAAAAGCUCCAAGGCCUCUAUGAUAGCCUUAGGCUGAGAAACAUCACUAUUGCUAACCAGGAAAGUACCCUUGAGCCAUCCAUGAUUGCACAGUCUGGUGUUUUUGGCUUUCCGUUAGGGAACAACUCCAAGUUUCCUUUGGACAGUACACCAGUUCGAAAUCGGGGUGGUGGAGAUGGAGAUUUUCACUUCAGACCAUUUUUUGUGGGGUCUCCCACAGCACCUGAACCAAGCAACAGCUUUUUUAGUUUUGCUUCCCCAAGUCGUGAAUUAGAGCAGCAGCAAAUCUCUAGCAGGGCCUUUAAAGUAAAAAGAAUUUAGCUCACUUUACAGAAUAUUUCUCUGUUCACUGUUAGUGAUCUCAUUUAGCAAAUAAUCUUUAUUCUGAUUAGGAUAGGAGUCACCAACCUUUGUGUGUUAUUACAUUUUCAAUUUAUGAGAAACUCAGUGCCAGUAGGAGUCCCUUUAGGGUCUGGCUUUUUUUUUUUCCCAUUAUUUAAAGUAUGAGUAUUGUAUUGAGCCCAAUUUUAUUGUGACUGUUGAGUUUUCAUGUUUUGUAGAUCACCAUUUGUUUUCUGUCUGUGUUAUUUCUGACUGAACUAGGUGUUUAUGUAUAUGUACAUAAGCACCUAUAUUAUAUGUCUACAUGUCACUUUGUGUUCUGGUAUUUACGCAUAUGUAUGUGUGUUUGUGUGUGUGUGUGUGUGUGUGUAUUUGUGUUCCUUUAUAUUGAUAUUUUGCUGUAUUUUCCAGUAUAUUUAUGCAGAGACUUUGUUCUCAGGAAGUGGCAGGUGAAUCUUUGUAGUUUGUUAUUUGGGUAUGUACAUCUAUUUGUAUGUAUUUUUGUAUUUGCCCUUGUAAUUAAUUUGUUUGGAGUGUGCUCAUGUUGGUGAAUAAGAAUACAAUUUCAUGCUUGUGUGUUAAGUCUAUAUUUACAAUUAAAAAUGAUUCACAUUGGGUGGGAGGUUUGG